CAACAUCAGCUCUCGCAGCAUCCGCAUCUCACGGACCAGGAGGACCAGGAGGAGCACAUCCUCAUCUCAGCAUCCAUUCCACAACUGCCUGCCAUCGUCUGCGCACUGCCGACAACAGACGUCCCUCUCUUUUUUUUGUUGCCCCGGCACGGACUAUUUUCUUCGUCGCAUCUAUAUUCUCCGAGAUGAUUUUAUGAUUUAAUCAUCAGCCAUAUAAGGAAAAAAAUAACAAGCUCGAGACGCGGAGCGUCAUCUUGAAAACGCACUUAUUUCACCCCCAUCAGGCUGGAGAUUUGCAGUGGCCAUCUGGAGACGCAGACAAAGAGCUGAAAUACAGCAGAGACACUUUCAGUCCAGGAGAUUGUCAUCCCCUCAGAGAGCAGUUUACAGGACAUUCUCCUUAAAUGCUGUAGAUGCCCAGAGGCAGCCCGUAGCCGGGGACUCCCGACUCCCAGAAGCACUGAAGCUUUGAGACCCUCAGGAUCUCCCCUGGCAGACACACCUCUGACCCAGUGCGGCUGAAGCCCCUGGACGUCCCCCCACAAUCACCAUGGGAACCGUGCUGUCUUUGUCACCCAGCUACCGAAAGGCGGCUCUGUUUGAGGAUGGCCCGGCCACUGUGGGCCACUACACGGCAGUCCAGAACAGCAAGAAUGCCAAGGACAAGAACCUGAAGCGGCACUCGCUCAUCAACGUGCUCCCUUGGAAGCGGAUUGUAGCAGUGUCAGCCAAAAAAAAGGGCUCCAAGAAGGUGCAGCCCAACGCCACCUACCAGAACAAUGUCACCCACCUGAAUAAUGAAAAUCUGAAGAAGUCACAGUCCUGUGCUAAUCUGUCCACCUUCACCCAGGAUCAGAGUACUCCAGCUCUUACCAAGACUUCCAACAAUACAGCCUCAUCUGUCAAGAAGGCACCUUUGACCACUUCCAAUGUGGCCCCUGGGACCCCGAAGAGAGUGAUUGUCCAGGCUUCUACCAGUGAGUUGCUGCGCUGCCUUGGGGAGUUUCUGUGUCGGCGUUGUUAUCGGCUCAAGCACCUGUCCCCCACUGACCCAGUGCUGUGGCUGCGCAGCGUGGACCGCUCCCUGCUGCUGCAGGGCUGGCAGGACCAGGGAUUCAUCACGCCUGCCAACGUGGUCUUUGUCUACAUGCUGUGCCGUGACGUGGUCUCCUCCGAGGUGGCCACGGAGCAUGAGCUGCAGGCUGUGCUGCUCACCUGCCUUUACCUGUCUUACUCUUACAUGGGCAAUGAGAUAUCCUACCCUCUCAAGCCCUUCCUGGUGGAGAGCUCCAAGGAGACCUUCUGGGACCGCUGCCUCUCCAUCAUCAACCUGAUGAGUGCAAAGAUGCUCCAGAUCAACUCUGACCCGCACUACUUCACUCAGGUGUUUGCCGACCUGAAGAAUGAGAGCCAGAAGGAGGAGGAGAGGAGCCGCCUGCUCAUCGGCCUGGACCGGUGAGGGGAUGCUGGGGGUGUGAGGGUGGGAGGGGGGUGGACAGAGGGUGUAGGGGAGGUGGGGCAUAUUCCAGUCUGGUAUUUUGACAAAUCUCGAGAAAAUUAGUGAUGCUAAAUAUUUAUUAUUGACAAAAGGUCAGUGGAUGUAGAAGUAUUUGACAUUUAUAACAAUUUUUAAUUCAAAAGCUUGUCCUGGCGUGCAGUGGUUAUUAGUCAUGGGCCUUUAAAAGCAAAGGCUCUGUUAGUCUGUCAUUAUCAGAAUUAGAGAAAUUCUAUUUGGAAAUCAGCAGAAGGUGGAUUCUGUGUGAGCCCUGAGACAUUUUGGCAAAGCUAUUUAAAAGACAAAAUGCCAGACUUGAGUAAAUCCUUUGCUAACAUACAGAUAUAUAUCUAUAUGGAAAAACUGAAAAUCUUUAAAAACAAUUCAGACAAUAAAAGAAAAGAAAAAGAAAAAGAAAAGGAAGCAUACAUCUACAGCAUUGAAUGUGGACAGGACUGAGGCUUCAGCAGCCUACCAGUGACCUUCUGACUCUUGUGAUGUGCACUGCCUACUGCAGGAGGGUGAGGGCCAUUGCCUGAGUAGCUUUCUUCAUGCAUCACGGAUGAACAGGGAUCCCCGGCUGCAAACUCUGGCUCUUUGGAAACGCCAACGACCACGUUCCCAAACAUUCAUGUGGAUACGAUGGACUGUGUUUGCUGUAAUGCAUAUCUAGCCAUCAAAGGAGAAAGGACAGCUGGGGUUUGGAGGGGGGGGUUUUGGGGGGGUUUGUGGCAUCAAUACUGGAUCCAUAUACUUUGUGUGGGUUUCUGUUUGUGGCUCUGCAGCAGGACAUGUACAGUACGGCUAGAUGGACAAUAAACAAGCAUUGCAUUGUGGGACUUUUGAUAUAAAACAACAACCUGAGGACGUAUGGCCAGUGUUGUGUGGUCAUACCGUGUGUGUUCAGAAAGACCUACUUUAUUUUCAUCUAGAAAAAAAACAAAACAAGUUAAUGGAUGUUUUACACCCCAGAGGUUUACACUGAUGGAGGCUUAUUUAUUGCUUUUCUGGUUUCCUUUGACUUUCUUUUUUUCUUUUUCUUUUUUUUUUACUUAGAAAUGUAAUGUUUUGCACGUGUGCCAUGCAAUUUUUCAGAGUUCCUGCGAGGGCAAUUAUUACUUCUCCUCUUUUUACUUAAUUUAUAAACCAACUGCAUCUGCAUUAGAGAAUGCUGUAAACAAAGUGACACUAGUUUAUUUAGCUAUGCUUGCUAAUAUAGGCUAUUUGUUUACCAGGGAAAUUCUUUUUGUACUUUUUGUCGAUAGGUUGUGUUGCAACCAGUUUUGGAAUGAUGUUUUGAUUUUGUGCUUAUGAUUCAGCAUAGAAAAUGUUUUAAAAACAGUGCCAUAUCUUUGAUGGAAAUCCCACAGGUCCGAGAACAUUGCGAGAUGUUGGCCUGGCCGUCCAGCCGUAGAAUGACGGAGUGGAUUUUCAUCUGCAAAUAAUGACUUACUGACACCUAAUUUAUUGCCACUGACGUAUUUAUUAUUUAGGCACAUUCAAUGUAAAAGAAAGACUCUGAGAAGGAAAUGAUGGGGGGGAGGGGAGGGGUUGCUGGUGUAGGUGUGCGUAACUUUGGUGGGAAUGAAGAUUGAUCUGGUCUCUGCUAAUGAAUGUCCCAGGGAUUCAUCAGUGAAUAUCUAAUUAAAAUCUCAUUGAUCAAAACCAAUGUCCAAUCUGACCAUCGCCAAAGUGACAUCAUCAUCAUCAUCAGCAGCAGCUUUUAUUAGGGAGAAAAGGCCCUGAAAACAACCGGACUAGGGAACCAACACAUAUCAGAAAGCACACAAUUUUCUCCAGGGGCAAAUAAAUAAAUCAUUUGAGUGACAGCUGUUCAUCAUCACUGCAGAAAAGCACAGCUUACCUUGAGGACCGUACCAUCAGCAUAAUCUCUGCGUUAAUCAAACACGAGGUGACACCGCAGUCUCCUAUAUGGUCUCCGGGAGAUUAAUCGUCCCCCUGUGGCAAAAAUCUCACGCUGAAUGAAAAGAAUUCACUCGACUAAGAUUGACAUGCCGCAGUGUGCAGAGGGAACACCAUGGCAACCGCGACAGAGCGCAUGUAGAACCGUGGAAGAUAUGUAGCUUUUUAUAUUCAUAGGGCUGAGGUAGUCCUAUUUAAAGGUCCUCCACUGCAGAUCCUCGCUGUCUCAGUCAGCACUGAUAUAAGACACUAAGACACAUGUAUCUCAUCUUCUCUACAUAUAUAUGUAUAUAUAUAUAUAUAUAUAUAUAUACAUAUACUGUAUAAUUCAUCUUCAGCUGGGGUGGGAAACUGACUGGUGUGGCAGACAAAAGGCUUCUAUCUUGUUUUAAAGUUGUUCCCUGUGAACGAAAGGUCUUUCUGCUGCUGCUGCUGCUGCUGCUCUGUGUGAAUCAGACAAAUGAGCGACUCUGACAGUCUGAUAGUACGGCCCCUGCAUGACUGUGGAUCUGUGGCUGCCGUGUGGAGAUAGACCAGUGAGGGACAGUUCAUUUGCAGUGUUUGCACUGGCACAAUGGAGGGACAUGCGCUUCGGACGGGCUUUCAGUCUGUCACAAAGAAAGCAGGACGGUGGAGUAAAAGGUGUCAAACAGAGAUGACCCUGAAUCUCUCUCUCUCUCUCUGUGUCCACUCGCCCUGACUCACUCGAAAUGUGCCAUUUCUUUUCUUCCCACUUUGCAUCAUUUAGUAGUUGUUUGAGAAUUUUCAAAAGUUGAUAAAAGUUGAUAAAAUACGACAAAAAAAAGUCUCAAGUGAUAGUUUAAGGCUUAUGUCAAGAUUCUUUUCUGUAUCUUGUUGCGUACUUUGUAGAUAAAAAAAAAAUCAAACAGUGGUUAAAAGCGUUGAAAGGCAAGGCAUUCAGUGGCUGCAGUGUGUGUGUGUGUGUGUGUGUGUGCGAAUGUGUGUGAAGGACGUUGUUUUAUUUGUACAGAAGAAUGUGUGACAUGUUGUUUUCUUAUGGACAAGGAGCAAACACCAACCAACCACACCCGUACCAGGAUAUUGGAUUUGCGUUGGUGGGAUAAAGGGACGGGGGGGUGUUGAUGCUGUUCAAUAAAAAACCUUUUUGAAAAAGACACAAAAGCCGUUGCUGUAAUAGAAACUUUUUUUCAGUUAGUUUCUGCUUACUUUAAUUUAUUUUUGUACUGUGAUGGAAAAAUAAAAUGCACUGAUCGCUCUAGGUCAUCA